AUGCUAUCCGUAUCGGAAUGUGAGCCGCCGGCACGUGCACCGAGCAUGCAUAGGAAUGACCUCAUGUAUCUGGUGGAAAUACUCAACGGUAUCCAAGACUUACCUGAAGGCCUGGUUGACUUUCAGAGCAACUUAUCAACAUUUCUAUUGUACCCAUCAAUUUUGUCUGCAUUGCCAGUUCUAUCUGAAUCCGAGUUAUUGUUAGGUGAACCCUCACUAGACCUGGCAUCAGCUUCUGAGCCCCAUCGCCCUUGUCCUAGGGGUGGUAUUACUUUUGCACUGCAGCGUCAGGGUGGCGAAGGUAUAUGGCGACAACAAAGUAGUCCCUGGAUUAACAUAAGCAAGAACGUCAAUGCCAUCAUUGCCACUCUUUCAUCCGCUCGUGGGGGCUCUGACACGCACAACCCAGAAGCUUGGCUCCUGAACGUCAAGUCUGCAAUCCAGGAGGGAGCAUAUCUUGACAAAUCACUCAUGUCAGUUGUUGCUCGUUGCAAGGGACUUAGUGGCAAGGACAUAGCCGUCAACUUUCUUCUGAUGGUCAACCUUAUGCAGCUUGUCACAAAAUGUCAAAGUAUCAAAAUACGAACAGAUCUCUCUCUCAAUGGAAUAUACAAUCAAGAAAUUGCGCAUCUGUCCAACAAACCCAGCAAAAGGAUGUUCCAAGACUGGCAUUCCACUGGAAGCAAGUUUGCAGCCCUUGCUGGUGGAGGCUCCAUAUAUUUAUUAGUACUUAUUGCUAGUCUGGGUCUUCAUGUUUCAGUUGCUGCCAUGGAGGGCACUUCACCAUGGGACCUUGCAAAUUUGCUAAGAAUGCCAAAGAAAGAAACUGUCAAGGGAAAUUUAAUUAUCGACCACAUCAUUCCUACUAUCAGUCGCAUGCGCCUCUCUUUGCUUAUUAGCAUGGCAUCAAUGUUCUCCCCGGCUAUACUUGCGGAGCAUCAGCUAGCCAAUGAAUUUGAUUGCACAAAUAUCAGCUCUUCAGACCAUUUUUUUGAUUCUGUUAUCUUCAAUAAUUUUGUCUUACUUAAGCGUGACUGUGUCGCCUGGCAGUCUUGCUACACUUUCACUAUUUGCGCUGGUAAUCCAGCUAUCCCUCUGCACCAACUGGGUUACAACAUGCUUGCACCAUUGGAACACUCAUUUCUGAGUAGGCCGUACAGUCCCCCAUUAACUGACAUCAAUGAGGAAGAGGACUGUCCUCUUCCCAACUCCUAUCCAUCUCGCUUUCUCAGCGAGGAAAACACCACCACCAUCCCUACAUCGUAUAAUCAUUCUUUGGCUGCAAACAAAGUCUUUCAGGCAGAACAUGAUCACAAUGCCAAUGUCCUGUGGACUGAGAAGGAAAGGGAACGAGCAGUAAGGGGCCAUGUAGCAACAGACACUAAUGACUUGCGAACACAGCUUCAGUCUCUGUAUCAAGGCGGUGUAAAGGCUACAUGUGGGACAUACCUGAGGAUCCCAGCAAGCGUCAUUUUGGGCCAAUCACUCAAUAUCCGCAACUCAGAUGGCUCCCUCAUGGUCUUUGUUUGCACAUCCCUCCCUGACUGUAUCCGCUCAUCACUACAGCCAAAGCUCCUGGCUGCAUUUGAGAACAACGAGCCGCCCACCCAGAAGCCUGGCCAACAUGAUGAGGAUGACAUGUUUGAGGCGCUACACUUUUCCUGGUACAACCGUCACUGCACAAUAGGAGAUGACGCUCCAACUGAGAUUUCGCCUCUCAUGUUAGAGAGGGAAGAUGGACGUCGUACCAACUAUUCCCAGAUGAUCCCUUACCUGUCCAAGGAAAUCAAAGAUCACAGCACUAUUUACCGGACUAUCAAAGUUGUCUUUGCAGACCUAUUCCAUUGGAUCCAUGAUGUGAUUGAGCUUCAGCUGCCUGAGGAGUAUAAGUUAUUGGCUGAAGUUGCAUCAAUUUUGCCUGGCAACAAUUUGUCUCCAAUAUUCCCCUUCCUUUCACUGGUGAUUAACCUCAAUGUCUCUACCAAAGGUCAUUGA